GUGGUCUCUCACCACGACAACAGUCAUAUCUGUAAGUUACUCGCUGACCCAAAUCCAUACGUAAUAUUGCUAUAUUCUGCCAAGAAGGGGUCAUCUGAUUUAUUGCUAAUGAGCAGAAAAAGAGUGAUGUACACUGGUACAUCAACCACACUCUUUGCUCUGAAGAACAGGAUGUAAGCAGGCACUGAAGAGGGAGGAUGGAUGAGGGCAAGAAAUCAGAUGAGAGAGGAAGAAAAGAAAGUAGCACUAGUGGAGAAGAGCCAGACAAUAAAGGAGGGACAGUUGAUGAUGAAGAAGGAACAGAUCCCACAGACAUAAAUGGAAGGGGGAAAGAGGUGGAGGAAAAGCCAUUUAGAAAUCCUGAAAAUGGGAAAUGUCAUGAUAGAGAGAAGUGUGAAGACAAAGAAAAUAAGAAGGAUGAUAUAGAAAAGGAGGCUAUAAGUGAAGCUGAGAAAGACAAUGAUGGCAAAGGAACAAAGCAAAAAAUCAAAGAAAGAAAAGAAGAUGAAGCAGAAAUGUCUGUAUACAAAGAUGAGACUGGAGAAUGCAAGGACAAAAGUGUGAAAGAGGGAAAAGAAGAAGUAUUUAAGGAUGGAACUGGAAAUGAGAAGGGGAGAGAAGUAUUACAGGUGGCUGAUGAUAAGGCACAUGAGACUGAAGUUCAAGAGGUGAUUGAUAAAGGUAAGGUAGGUUUGAAGAUGUUUCCUAUGGCAUUUCUGCCAUCCAAAGAGGGGAAUAUUCAGCUGGAAACUGCAGACCACACAGUUACAAGAAAUAACCAAGACCCAGUGACAUACAAAGAAGAGGCAGGCAUUGAAGUUAAAAUGGUAAGUGGGAACACAAUGCAAUCCAAUAACCAGGCAACAUCAUCAAAGGAUAUAAUAAUAAAUGAACAGGGUAAGAAAACAAACGAGAUACCCAAAACCGUGGAAUGUCCUACUGAGGCAUCACUGGACAAAAGCCAGAAGGAAUACGCCACAGACAAAUCCAUGCGAACAGACAGUGGAGACAGUGAUAAAGAAAAGAAGAAACAAGACCUCGAAAUAUCUGAAAAUAUGAAUAAAGAAGUGGAAGAGGGAAUGCUUACAGAAGUAAACAAAGUGAAGCCGUGUAAAGAACAUGACGUUACAAAGAAAGAGAGAGAAAUGAAAGAUGGUAGAACUGUUACCAUAUUUAAUAACGCAGUGCAUGGUAUGGCAGAUGUCGAAUUAAAUGCCAGUGUAACUUUAGUAAACAAUGAAGUUUGUCACACACUGCAAAAGGAAGCAAAAAAUCGAGAAGACUUAUCAUUUAUAGAUGUGGAUGAAGGACCGAAGGGAAUGAUUAAAGCUACCCAGGAAGAGAAAAGUAAGGAUGAAGCAGGAGAAAUGUCUUCUUCAAAAGAAACAAUGAAACACUUAGUUUUGACUGAAACGGCUACUGACAAACAAGAGCUUUGGAAGACACAUGAAAAAGAGGAGACUGAAGCUAAUAGUAAAGCAAAUGAAGAACUCAACAUAAAAGACUUCAAUGAUACAGAAAAAGGAAAAAGAGAAGAAUAUGAAAAUAGAGAACAACAAAAAGAACCAAAUGAUGAUGAAAGAGUGUUAGACUUGGAUUAUAAGUCAAGUUUUAUGGUAAAGGUAAUUCCAGAAUCGUCAGCACAGAAAUCUGUAGAGAAAGAUAUGGAACACAGUCAAGAGAAACAAACAUGCACAUCUCAGGAAACAACUGUAAAAUUAAAUGAAAAACAUAUAGCCAAGAAUAACAAGAUUCUAGCAUCUGAAAUGAUUCUACCACCAAAAAAAUCUUAUGAAAGCGAUCAAUCACGAGGUAUUCUUGAUAUGUCAGUCACAGAUAAACCAAUAUGUACGGUGUUUCAGGGAACAGUUACAAGAGAUGCAAAAUGUGAAGAAAGCAUUCAGCGAUCUGAUGUCACGCAUUCAAGUCAAAAUCAAGAAAAUAACAAAGUAAAGGUUGGUAAUUCAUUCUCAACAGAGGCUGCUAUAAGUGAUCAACUUAAGCAAUUAGAAUGUAAAUUUCAACAGUCUAUACAAGAGAAACCAGCACCCUUGAAGCCACAACCACUGAGACAACAAACACAGCAGAAGGAACAAAAGCAACAGACACAAUUACAAGAAAAAACACAAAAGCAGCAACAAGAACAAAAUCAAAUGAAGCAAAAGCAACAGAAAGAAGAGAAGAUGCCUGCACAGCAAAAUGAACAACAGCAGAAACAACAGAAAACACAAAACAGACACAAGAAAGAAGAAAAAGAACAAGCUGAGCAGAAACAAGUACGACAGACUCAGCAACCAGUCAAGCAGAAAAUUGAGAAGACUCAAAAGCAUGAAGAGAAGAAAUGCACACAGCAGAAUCAGCAGCAAUCAGUAAUAGGAGAACAAGUAAAAAUCCACGAACAAAAACUAGUGGAGCACAAAAAACAAAAGCAACCACAGACAAAUGAAAAAUCACAACAAAAACAGCAAGAACAAAUGAUAAAGAAACAAUUUAAACAAGAAAUAAAGAAUGAAACUGAAGAACAACAGUGGCAACCAGAACAGAAAUGCAAGCAACAACACAUCCAGUCACAUAAGCAAGAAAAAGAAAGGGACUCAAAGACGCAGCCGAAGCAAGAAAAUCAACAGCAACAGCAAUUUCAAUUAGUAAAACAGCCCCAACAGGAAACAACACAGAAAAAUCAAUCAAAAUGGCCACAACAAGAACAGAAGCCAAAAGAGCAGGGACAUAAGCAACCAAAACAACAGGUACCAAAGCAAAUAACACAUGAACAGGAAGAAGAAAAGCAGAAGCAACAGAGCCGGCCAGACAAAGGGCACCAUCAACAAGAACAACAACCAACACAGCAGUCUGAGGAAGGUGAAGAUGACAGUGUCCCAGGAUGUGGAGGAACACAAGGCAGGAGUUGCCCUAUCUACUUUGGAGUGAAAAGUUACCUUCACCAUUUUUAUGAUUCUGCCCCAGUUAAAGAUUCUCAGCUCUAUGAAGAUUACAUUGAGGAAGAUGACUUUGAAUAUACUGUGGAUCCAGUAAAACACCGAGGCUGUCGUAAAUGCUGCCAUGGAUUUUGGUUCCGUGCUGGACUAUGGGGAGGAAUCAACCUUAUGUUAGUUGGAGUCAUUACACUCCUAGUAGGAUAUUUGACACCUCAGCGUGAGAUGAUUGUAGGCCAUCAUAAUAACUUGGAAAUAUUAGAUCGUACAGCCAUAGCUUUUAAUCGCAGACUUGAACUCUGCCGUCUUGCUGGACUUGCAGUGUUUUGCUGUGGAGGCUUGGUCCUUCUUAUUACUCUUCUGCUUUCCACAUUCUUACAUAUUGGAGGCCAUAACAACAACAAUGGGCAUUGCUGCAGUAAUAAUGCUUACUAUGGCUAUGUUACAACAUCUUUGGUAGAACCAUUCAUUGCAGGUUCUCCUGUAUCAGCUUCAGCAGGUAUCAAGAUACCAAUCACAGAAAAUAUUAAAUCAGUUCAGCCACCACUGUGGCCAGAUAUUGCCACUGUCAAGGAUGGUGCAAUUGUGCCUCACAUGCCUUGAGAAAUGUCAAUACAACAGAUCCUACAUGAAUCAAAUUAUUUUAUAAUGAAUUCUGAAUAGAAAUAAUAAAUUAUUUUUGGAAUUCUACUCAUUAAUUUAGAAGUUCUUAAAGGAAUUAUGAAUAUAGGUAUAAGAAUGUUGAUUUUUUAAACAUUUACAUCAGGUUGGUAUGAAAUGGUUUAAUAUUUUUAAAGUUCUAAUUAAUUAUUUUCAAAUAUUCAUUGUAUUCUAAUAAUGAUAAUUUGUAUUCUAAUAAAUUGCACGUUAUUUUUAUGAUAAGGUUUGUACCAUAUUCAUAAAGGUAAUCCAACAAAUGUGUGCAUACCUUUACAUCAAUAUUGUGGAUUCUUAUGUGGGAUGUCAAUGCAAAUAAUUUACUUGCAGGGACUCCUUAUUUAAUUUAUCUAUGGAGUCAAGUAGGCAUAAACUCCAUCCAAAUCACCUAGUCUUCCUCAUAUACUCAAAAUAGUAUUAUUUUGAAAUGUAUACAGAAAAUUAAUUCAAGCUUAAAGAACGGAAUAAUAAGAAUUAUAAAUAUGUUAUAAGUGUGGACCAGAAUCCAGCAUUUAUCCAGUUUGUGACAUACUCCACAUUCUGGAACUUGAUCAUCCAUAAACUUACUCCUAAUCUGAAAUGUAUUUGAAUCUUUCACUUGUUACGUGCCAUCCAAAUAAUUUACAGCACGUUACCAUUUUGCUAUAUCUUUAUGAUAGACACUGUCAGACAUGGUCAGACACUUUCUUGAGUG